GACCCCCCCGUGCCAACCCCCCGCUCCGGUCCCCCGGUGCCAUGGUGGCCCCGCACCCCCCAGCCCCGCGGGACCUGCCCGGGCGCCUCGGAACGGGGGCUUUGCUCGGGGGUGGGGGCGAACCCGGGUACCGGCACCGGCACCGGCAGUGCCCCGCGGCGGGGGGGAGCGGGGGCACCGGGCCGGGGCUGCUGGGCGCCGCGGUCCCGCUCCGAGGAGUGCCGGGGGUCGGGCGGCAGCUCCAGCCCCGCUCCGCCGGGAGCGGGGCUGCUCCGCCGCUGCCCGCCGUCCUGCAGCGGGCACCGGACCCGCGCUGCCGAGCCAUGGCCGCGCCUCGGCAGGAGGUGUCCCUGCAGGCACUGGUGACGUUUGAGGACGUGGAGGUCCGGUUCUCAGCGGAGGAGUGGGAGCUGCUGGAGGAAUGGCAGCGGGCGCUGCACCGGGAGGUGACGGAGGGGACAUCCCAACUGCUGGCCUCCCUUGGGCCCCCCAGCAGCCCAGCCCUCGGUGCCCUGGUGCAGCUGGUGAAGGAGAUCCCCAAGUUUCUCUUCGGUGGCCCCAAGGCUGGCGCGGAGCCGGGUGCCACCAGCAGCAGGGACGCAGCAGCGGGCUCUGAGCAGACGGGCGCAGGUGUUAAAAUGGAGGCACCGGUGGAGACCUGCCCACUCCGCAGCCUGGAGAAAUGCCUGGAGGAGCUGGUGGUGAGGGGGUCUGGCCAUCCUGCCACCCCCAGCCCCCUGGCGAGCGGCUCCCGUGCCCCUGGGGAGAGGCAGCGGGGAGAGCCCAGCGGUCACCAAUCUCUGCCUGGGAGACGCUUGCUCAGAGGCCUGGCCACCCCUCCUGGCCCCGCGCUAGCCAAGUCACCGGCAGCCCCUGCCCGCUGCUGCCCACAAUCUGGGGAUGGUGCCGGGCACCCCGGCUCUGUGAGCGGCAUCUCCUUCGCCAGCAGUGCCACCAGGGAGCCAGCAGCCCGGACCGUGGCCUGGGGCUGGGAUGGUGGGCUGUGCCACAGCUCCAUGUUGCCAGCUGCUGGGAGCGCGGGGAAGAGCCCCCUGCAAGGGCUGCUCGACUGCCUGCGGGACAUCGCCACCCCCAAGCCCAUCCCAGCCUGGCCGGCGGCUGCUGGCAGAAGUCGGGGGGCCGCGGUGCCAGGCACUGGGGGCUGCAGUGUCUCCGCAGCGGGGGCGACAGCACCAGCGGUGCCCCCCCGCAGCCCCGCCAAAACGCGAGCGUUGGGGACACACGGCACUGCCGUGCCAGGGGACACCCGCCCUGCCGGCGGCAGCCGGCCGCCCGCCUGUCCCCCCACCGCAGGGAUGGUGACCAAGAGACCCUUUGCAGAAGCGGAUGCCGUGUCCCCACCGGGGUCUGGCAUGUGUCCUGGCAGUUGCAGCGGGGUGAGCCUGCCCAAGAAGAGGUGCCAUGGAAUGAGCCCCCCAUCCCCGCGGGAGUCCCCCGGUGAGGCCCAGGACCCAUGGGCUGAAGUCGGCCGGGUCCGAGCCGUCCUGGUGGAGGAGCUGGAGCGGCUGCGCCGGGACCUGGGCUCGGUGCGCCGGGAAGCGCGGGGCGUGCGGAGCCGCCUAGAGCGGCUAGAGCGGGGCCAGGCGUGGAAGAUGGCCGCCCUCGCCCGCAGCCACCGGCGCCUCCGCCAUGCCGUCCGGCGCCUGGAGGGACGGUGCUGGGCGCUGGAGACCCGCUCCCGGCCCAACAUCCUGCGGCUGCUGCAGCCGCCCGAGGGGGAGGAGGGUGCCGAUGCUGUCGGCAUCCUGCAGACCACGCUGCCGGCGGCGAUGGGCCUGCUGCCGGCCCCGGCUCCCCUGCAGAUUGAGAGCGCCCGCCAGCUGUGCGGCACUGCCACCCCGGCACGGCCGCUGCUCUUCAGCCUGCUCCGCUUCACCGACAAGCUGGCACUGCUGCGGGCAGCCCACCGGUACCCUGAGCCCCACAGCUGGGCCGGCACCCGCCUCGCCAUCGUCCCCGCCGCCUGUCCCCCCUGUUGCCAAGACCCCCUCGCUGCUGGCCGCUGGGCCUGGAGGGCGGCCGAGCCACGCUGCAGCACCCGCUGUCCCGCUGCCGGCCACGGCCGGGGCUCCGUGGAGCCAUGACUGAGCCCAGCCCAGGCGUGCUGGAUCCUUCUCCCUGCUGCGGCCAGUCCCAGCGCUGUGUUGGCUCCUGCGCGGUGCUAAGCCCUCGUGGCUUCCUGCACCUCAGCAUCCCCAUGGUAGCCAUCUUGGAGCCUGGGUGGAGAGGCUGCCUGUGGCAGGAUCCGGCCCCGGCCGAGGAGGGGGUGGCCAAGACAGCUUGCCAGCCAUGCCGGAGGGGCCAGCCGUGGUCCUGGCUGCUCCGCAGAGCCCAGCCUUCCCGGGGUGACACCUCUUGCACCGAACACUCGCUGCUGUGGGGCUUGCCCCCCCCCACCCCCUGCCCCCCCA